AUGAAAGCAGACAAAGAUCUUCGUGCGGCCAUUGUCAAGCUCCAUGUUGCUGGGAAGUCAAAUUCUGAGAUUGAGAAGCUCUUUCCGGACAAAAAGGUGACCCGACAGUUCGUCUACAAGCAAGUUCGACGGGUCAAAGAGAUUGGUGGGAUGGAGGACAGGCCAAGAAAAGGUUGGCCACUGACUAAGAGGACCCCACCUGCCAUCAAACAGAUCAGGGAAAAGCAAGAUGGAGCUCCAGCCCACACAGCGAAAGUUGUUCAAGACUUUUGUCAGAAAAUUUUUGCAAGGUUCUGGAGCAAGGAGAUGUGGCCUCCCAGCAGCCCCGAUUUCAAUCCACUGGACUUUUCUAUUUGGUCCAUUCUUGAGGGAAGGGCUUGCAAGACAGCUCACCACAGUAUCGAGACCCUGAAGCGCACCCUGAUCAAGGAAUGGGAUGCCAUUGAAGAUGAUACUGUGUGUGCCAUUUGUGCCUCCGUCAUCCCUCGUCUCAAGAGGGUCAUCGCCAACAACAGAGGCGGGCAUUGUGAGAAUCGGGAGUUGGCGUUCUGGCCCGUUGAGCGCUUCUGUGGACGAGCGCUUGAUCGCCGAGGAGCGCUUGCUCUAUCAGCCGAGUUUGCUGUCACGGCCUGCCGACUCAAUGGGCCCGUUUCCACCAAGUCAGCCUACCUGGUGGUGUUCUCGCCUGACCGCUCGCUCAUGGCCUCCACCCACGGUGAUCAUGCCAUCUAUGUCUGCCGCGUGCAAACCGGCCAAGCGUCCCGCACUCUCCAGGGUCAUCCUCGCACGCCCUGGUGCGUGGCUUUUCACCCUAGUCGACCCGGCGUAUUGGCUUCGGGCUGUUUGAGCGGCCAGGUCCGGGUGUGGGACUUGCAGAGCGGCGCUUCCGAUAUGUGGAAGACGGAGCGGGCUGUUGCCGGACUCUCGUUCCACCCCUCGGAGUGCGUGUUAGCCGUGGCCACGGUGAACGAGGUCUACUUUUGGGACUGGAGUCAACCCGAGCCGUUUACCAAAGUCAAAACGCGUCACGAGCAAGAGCGGGUCCGCUUCGUUCAGUUCGAUCACAUCGGUCAUCACCUCGUGACCGGAAUUAUGAACUACACUCCACCCAAUCCGCCCACGCCUGAGCGAUCCCGUGAAUCCUCGCCGUCACGUGCCGCGGUCACUGCCUUAGAAAGUGGCCGCUUCCGACCGCCCUUGCGGCAUGUCGAUGAUCCUGGAUUUGGCGGGGGUGGAUUACUCAGCGCCCAUGACGUCCUUUUUAUGCACCGUCGUCGACGCCACUUACCUUUCAGUGAUUCGGAUUCCAGUCCCAAUCAGUCGCCCGUGUCUUUAGUGAAUUUGUCUCGCCGGCGUGCUGACCGCGAUGAGGCUUGGUCCACCACGGCCAGUAUCGGAUCCCGGGGCUCGCCGCCUCCUUCGGCCACGCCGUCUGACCCAGUCCCACGCUCCGCCCUGGCGGGCCCGGCCUUGACUAAUUCGGCCUCUCAAACCCUCUCGGACCUAGCUCAAGCGGCAUCCAACCAGUUAAUCGCUGAGAAUGAACGAUUGUUAUCUGGCCGAACUGGCGCCCAAAGCAUGUUGGAUUCUAGCUUCGAUCGUGAUGAUCCGUUGCUGAGCGACCGACCGUACGGGCAGUCGUUGCCGACUCGCACUCGUCCCGCCUCUCAAUCCAGAAUUUUGACAGAGCCGAGCCAAAUCCGUACCCAUUUACUACCUUCCGGAGCCGGCCAACGGAGUUCCCGAAUUGAUCAUAAUUAUGUGAUGCGAUCAAACCGUUUUGGCGGAUCAGGCACCAGUGCCCACCUCUCUUCUGGGCGAGAACUUGAUCUUCGCAUGACUUUUAGCCAUAGUCCUGAAUCGGAAUUUGUCGAGGUGGCUCGCCCUCCUCCACUUGGGGUGCGAAAUCCAAGUCUCGCUAGUUUGGAACCCGAUGCACCUUCUCGCGUCCUAUCUCAAAGAGAAAGACGACUCGAAACUUUGCUAGACGAGAGACGUGCAUUAGUCCAUGAAAUUCAACAAAUGCGAACCACUCGGGAAAUACUCUUUCCCAGUCCUGAUGAGCCCGCGCCCGGCAAUAUCCCUACCCCUAUCCGUUUGCCUUUUGGCCCCACUUCUCGCGAUUCGUCCACACAGCCCGGCCAAGAUGAUCUCUCAAGAGCAGGAAUUGCUGCCAGAUCUCUAAAUGAACGCUCAAGAAGACCUCCGCCGCCGCCCUUCUUGCCUCUUCGUCUUCCAAUCUAUAGUGCUAACUCGACAGGGGGUGGUUCUUCAGAAAGUGGGGGUAUAGCUUCAAGUACUGUGACGGCCACGACGGUGUCGCCAUCAGAAGUGGGGCCGAAUGCAAGAUCUUCAUCGCUCGCAUCACCUAGGUCCAUUUCCAUGACUGCGGAUACCCGUGACCACAUAUUUGGUAACUCUCGACCCAUCGAUGAAUGGGCUGUGAAUCAAAGACUAGCCAUAGAGAGCAGCCGUUUAGCUCAAUCAUUGUCUUCGGAACUUGGAACAGAGGCGAGUGAUGUUCUCAGGCUCUCAAAUGAAGGUAACAACGUCUCCAAUACAACAGCAACCGUUUUGACGUCCAACGCCACGAAUCCACCAGAUCCAGUCGAAAGAUUGUCAUUGGACGUACAAUUAGAGUUAUUGCGUAGUCGACGCCGAGAACGCCUUCUGCGAAUGAGCUUAAGACGAGGAGCAUUGAAUGAGCUCAACCGCAUUUACGACGAUGAUGGCAGUCCCACUGUGUUAAAUGAAAGCGACGCCGUCCGAGCAGCAGAGCCCACUGUUGAGACACUACCUCCAUCUUCUGAGGUUCCCCCAUUAGCUGAACAUCAAACCACAGCCUCCGCACGAGAAGCGGUGGCUGACCCAAGUAUUGACGGACCUGAUGAGUCUGACACAGGUCGAAGUGGUUCGCAAAGCCUAGACAUUGCUCUUCUGAGUCGUCACAUCGAUCACAUGCAGCGGAUCUGCCGAGAAAGCCUCUCGGGAAUCAUUCCCAGACAGAGAAGGCAAAUUUUGCGACUUCAAUCGAUUCGUCGAAUGCUAGAAGAUCUGCAAGUGCAAAUUCGUAAUCUUCGAGCGGCUUCCAUCCAAGAACUUCAGCGGAGACAAGAUCGCUUAAGUAGCGACCUUCAGGCUAAACAGAGAAUAUCUUUGGCAUUAAGCCGCCUUGGAAAUGCUGCCCGACGCUCUCCUAGAUUGCCAGCCACAGCACGGGGAGCAGCCAACCUUGGGACAAGAAGACCUAACCCAUCCGACCUUGAAGCGGCAGUUGGUAAUUCCUCUUCAACCUACCGCAACCGUUCUCUGGGGCAACUUCGAAAGUCGCUCAGUCGAAGUUCCACCCUCCGAGCUCGAGCUCAGUGUCAAGUGGCUUCACAAAUGCGUGCUUCUUUAAGGGCUGUCCAACUAGGCCCUGAUUUAGCCAGGCAAGCCAACAGUCCGUUGAGCCAAAUCAAGGCCCAAGCGAGUUUAAAUGUUUUAGAGCAGACUUCAAAAAAUGCCGGAUCUCUCCUGCCGAAUUCACCUCAAGUCAGCUCAGAUAUGUCUGCCGUUCACAUCGAGCCGGUGGAUGUCCUGGAACCUGUCACAAACACUGAUAGCGUGGAUUUGGAUGCACGUGUUGUUCAAGACUCGAGAUCAGAAUUACGAGCUUUCUCUCAAAGAUUGGAGAGGCUUCUCCGAGCCCAACGAGAAACAGCUGAACAAGGUCGACGAGGCUCUAGGGACUUCGAGGAUCAUGAUUUGGAAGAUGACCCUGCUAAUGUUGAUGAUGGUGAUCCUUUGCUUGGCUUGCCUCGACCCACCACGUACAUGAGUUAUCGGCAACGUUUCCGUCACCUGUUUGACGGAACUUCAGAAUACAGUAGUCUAUUGGACCACGAUCCCGAGUCUCAGGAUCGAGGAACUACAGAUCGAGGCAAUGGCGAUGGAUUUUUUGCCUCGUCCUCGGAGUCUGAGAGCGACAGUGAUCCCUCCCUCUCAAGCUUCUAUGGUCUUCCUUACACGGGAAAUAACUUGGAUAAUCGUAUUCGAAUGGAACACAUGGGCUUGUCACGCCGAGGUCCGACAAGCCGAACCUUUCGAAAUUCUUUACGUGAUUGGUCUGAUGCUCGGGUUGGAUUACGACGCCAUGAAGAACGCGAGCGGAGACGGCUGUCACGGGAACGAGAUCUCAUCCGAAGACGACAUCGCUAUGGAAGGUAUUUUGCGGAUUCCGAGUUUUUCCCGGGGACUAACGAACCACAGACCCUCCCACGAACCCAUCGAGAUCCCUUGAUGAAUCAAAUGAAUCAACAACCACACAUGUCCUCAACCAGGAACGUUACGAAUGCCGGGGAUUCUGAAAACGCGAACACAGUUUCGCCAUUACGCGAACAAAUUUGGAGACGCUUGAGAAGACGGAACGCCCAGCUGAAUCAAUUAGACUCUCAAAUCAUGGCUGAAACUGGAAGUCGCGACAGGUCUCGCCAUCGUGAAUUUCUCUCGGGUUUGGUAGACCAACUCACCAUCGAUCAACCGCAAUUUUCGUCUGCUUUUCACCCCAACAAUGACGUUGAUCAUCCCCGUGGUAGCGCCAAUGACAACAUCCCCAUUGCCAACAACGACAGCUUAUCUAUAGCCAUGAACUCGACCCAACGCCCAACGCCAAGCUCCUAUACUGACUCCAAUAACGGUCGGGCCUCGUCUCCUGGAGGACGUUUGAGAGGUCUCCCCGAUCAGUUGAGAUAUCGCAAUUACAGCCAUAUGCUCAUUUUGGGUAGACGAGAUGCCGCAGGAAUAGGUCCGUUCUCCUUGCGAAUAGAGGAUGGUAUCGAGACGGGACACAUGCUGGCCACCAAUCGUAUUCAGGCGUGGAACUUCAGUCGUGGCCAAUUGCCUGAUAUUUCGGACACGACCUCGAAUAUUGUGGUGAAAGAAGCUUGCAUCGUGAGCUCAGCCUCCGUGGACAUUUCCGAAGAUAACACUCUUCUGGUCACUCUAACACCGACCUAUGCUCCCAUGACGACGGCAGUGGGCGUGUACAGUCUGAAAACCGAAUCUCGGGGUCAAUGCUUAGCUUCCCUGAGUGUGGAGUCAUCGGUGGUAUCAGUGAGCUUGUCCCCGACAUCCCGUCAUUUACUGGUCGGAUUGAAUCGCCAAACACGAAGAUUACCGUCGAGUGGCGCCGAAAGAGGCCUGAUGGCUCACGUCUAUCGGAUACAGUUCCCUUGGGAGCGUGACUCCGAACGAGGACGCCUCAUUCAUAAACGCGAUAUCGCUCAGUUGGAAACAUCGGCCUUGAAUUGCAUCCGAUGGAUUCCAACCCCGGGGCAAGGUAUGGCCUAUGCCACCAAUACGGGAUUGAUCAAGCUGUUACGGUAGAAUAAGUCAAGAGUGAAAGGGAAAUGACCAAAUGAUGAUUUUGAAAAUGGCAUCAAUCCGUUUCCCCUCGCAAACAAAUUGAUGUGCAAGCAUUGUCAAGAAGAUGAAAGAAAGACAUUGCGGCAUUUUUUUCAGUAAAUUAAAACUGGAGUGUUUCGGUUACUGUUUAGGUAACUUCAUACCAUGUGUUCGUCAAACCACCCAUUUACAAGUUAUGUCGAUUCGAGUGUUGAUCGUGUGAGAAUUCGAAAUCACUCUGAAGAAAGAACAACCGAUCAAUCAAUCAAUCUAAUAAUCCAUGUAGUCGGUCGCAACAAGCGAGGUUGUGAAUUUGCCCGUGGAUGGAUGCGUACGAGAUGUAGGCUAUUAAAAAUCAUGAUUACGUUUGCUAACA